CGAGGAAAUACCAUUGUGGAUGCGUACAGUCGGCACUUUUACAUGCUCAACAGAUGCAUUGAUGACAUUGAGUACUUUGAACGCCGCCUGGAGAAAGCGCUCAAGAAGAGGGGAAGUUCUGCAGAAGAUGUUCAUAAUCAGUCAGUGGCGACAGCACCUGCUUCACACGAACUUAUCGACGUAGUGCGAAAAGUGAAAUAUGCAUUUAACACAAAUGAAGCCAUUCGUCCGUACACUCCGGAACGUACUUCGAAAAAGCUCUUCAUUCGACUGUUUAAUACGGUACAAUGGUUGGAUGAAGUGUGCAGAAGUGGAUUUGUCCCCGAAUAUGACCGAAAUAUGGUUGCUAACGUUGCCGAACCCUACCUGAACGCCGAAACCAUCAGUGCCAUUACCGAACGCUUGGGGGCAAAAAGACAGGAAUUUUGGCGUAGCCUUGGACCCAAUUGGACAACCCCCAGUGAACAGAUUUCAAACCAGAAAGAGAGCUACAUUCCAAACUUUGAUGCGCCACUACAAGACUCGCCUCCGCAACACCAGCCGCACCACGGACAACCCAGUUCCACGCUAGGCCAAGUCACUCGAAAGCCUAGUUCAGGAUCGGUUGUUAUAGCCACGAACAUAAAACAAGCUGCGCAAACCGAAAUACCAAUUGACGAAGCAAAGACCCAAAAGUUUUGCGAAGAGGUGGAAAAAUCCGGACGCAGGCUAUAUUACGCAACCGUCAGACACGUUGGCUCGAAACCAAAAGAAAUUAGCGUCUCGCCAGGAACUGUACUUGAGGUAUUGGAUUCCACCGAUCUGGAUUGGUGGACUGUUCGUGAUCAAAAUGGAGCUGAGGGUGAGAUUCCACGAUGGAAGCUGCAAGAGUAUUCUACUGGAAGACGAACCACACUUUUGCAAACAUCACCGGGUCUUAGCCACCUAACGCGGAAGGUCGAACAUGGGCUGUCUCAGCAAACAAGUACCGCUAAACCUUCUGGUUACAAGUCACCAGUACGUGCCAAAACACCCGAACAGGAUCCUCCCUUGCGGCAGUCCCCGGUUGCAUCAAAUACAGCACUCAAACACCAAUCCCUACCGCCCAUGCAAGUGCAAGGUCCAAAUGUUUCCGGUGAUUCGGAUGUUGAUGUGGCUGCAGAAGCCUCAAAAGCUAGUGAGCCAUCAUUUUCGAAGAGGCAACAAAAUGCUUCCGGCAGCAUGUCCAUGGACUUGUCACAGCCAACGAAAUCCCCAUCUCCCCAGACGGUUUCGCACUCUCACUUCUCCAUUCCUCAAGGAAAUAUGGUCUACAUGACUGCAGAACAGAUACAGGAAUUACUGAAGAGUCCGAACAGAAACACCCAAUUGCCCGUGGUCAUUGUGCCCAUGAAUGAGUUACAAAACUACACCUCGCAGACCAGCAUGUCAUCAGGGGUGAAUGGGAAUAUGAAUUGCUUUGAUACCUCCGUACCCAUGCGGUGGCCUGAACUUAACGAAAUGAGAGAACCGAUGAUGCCGGCACGUUUGCCUACUCCACCGAUCCUUUCAUCUUAUGGUGGAGCGCCACUGGCCACGCACAUGCACACUAUGACCAGGGAGCUAAGGGAACGCCUAUCGAAAAUGCGCGAAGGAGGCGGCACUGGACUGCGAUCUGUUCCCUCGCCAACCAUGACCUCAGACAGGCCGUACGGACGCCUGACAAAGUACUCGAGCAAAGAGGACGUUGCCGAAUGGCUUGUAGCACACAGUUUCCCUCAAAAGAUAGAUGGAGUAAACAGGGCACAAAUAUUUCCAGCGAAAGACGCAUUACAUGCCAAUACCGACUUGCGAUAACUCAUUCCAUCAGUUACCAACCGCGUCAUCUCUUUGGCACAACCAUAACGACCAACCUGCACAAAAAUGCUUACACUCAACUCUAUCCUCUCCCCCUUUUUCACUCCAGUGAAAGAACAGGCGUUAUCGUAUUUCUCUUUACUUUAGCACUCACUCUUUAUACUCCCUCCGCGUUCUGGCGCCACGCAGUCGGCAGUUACCCCAAUUUAUCUGCCUGUGUGAAAGCGAAAAUAUGCGCUCUUAUGUAGUAAAAAGACAUUUUUAUCACGUAAUUUUGUACAAGACAAAGAAAUGUUUUUUUCGAAAUGCAUUCUUCACUUCGUCUUGGGCGUGUUCAAGCCGUAUUUGGCUUUUAGACGAUCCAGUUCCUCCUUUUUCUUAUCUACGUCAGUCUUUUUGAAUUGCUGGAAGAGAAAUGGGCAGUGAUAGCUUAUUAACGAGCUAUUAAAAAUCCACAGACAGCCGUAAUAACGAAAAGAUUUCGGCUAGUAAAUGGGCGUUGAAUAAAAUGUGCGCAUUGCGUUAUGUUGCACGUCACGACGGACCUUGCAACCGAAAUCGUGACUCCUGUCCUCAGGCCAGGUCUAGUAGAAACUUAGAGCAACAAUGGUCGCUCGGAUUCAUCUGCUAUCCACUGUGGUCAUUCCACAUGAGACAAUGUAUGCAACAAUAAUGCGUGGUAAAUGAAACGGGGUCGAAAUUAUUGUUUCCAUGUCCAAUCAGCGAGCUUAUGCGAGCAGGCAGUACCAAGGAGAUUAACCUCGGGGGGGGGGGGAACCAUAUAAGCCAAUUCACAAUAACAGCUCAAUAGUCUCGAAACAGAAAGACAGAAUUUAAAGUUUUUCAAUAGAUUUCUCCAUUCUAACGUCCUUUUGCGAUAUUCUACUAAUCCUAUCUAUCAGGGAAGUGCGUGAAUCUAAAGUAUACAGUGACGGAAAAAUAACAGCUCCGAGCAUUUUAAAUCCAAGCAGUGAAUCCGCCUCAUUAUGGUUCAAAAUGCCGCAAACGAUGCUGUAACGAGAAGUUGAGGCACUCUAGUAGCGUAUUUCUUGAUUUGUGGAUGUGUACUUACAGAAGUGAUCAGAGUAACAUCAUCAGAACUUACCUUAUGGCGCUGAUAAUAUAGCACAACAAGAUACCGAUUACAAACGUUGAAGCCACUCAAAUGAUCACAGGCAUUCUUUGCAUCAAAUAUGUCUUCGUAUAUCACCAAACCGGUGCCCUUAGUUUCUGGAGUGUUUCCAAUCCGGAUCUGACGAAUUGCACCAUAUUUGCCGAAAAUAUCAUACAUUUCUUCUGCAGAAAUGUUGUACGGUAGAUUUUUCACAAGUAGAACCCGAUUGACUUCCGGUGGGAGACGAGU